GAUUUUUUGUUCGAGUUGUUGUUGGUUGCAUUUUCGUUUACCCUCGAUUUUGACUUGCUGCAUUCCACUGAGCACAUUUGCUUCUUUUCGUGCUAAGAAGUUUUCCUGUUUCUUGUUUCCUGGACGUUUUCGAUUUUCCAGGGCUGGAACAAUAUUAAGCAUUGCUUGGGUUUACUGGUUUAUGGUUGAUACGAGUACUGUACAGUGUACACAUCAUUCGUCAUUGUCAAGACUCGAUCAGGACUGCAAUCCACUUUUGAAGUAGACACUUCAGUUCAUUGAUCUCAUCCGUUCUUCAGUUUUGGAAGUUUCCUGGUGACUUCUUCGCGAUCUUGCUAAACUCAGUUUUGAAGUAAAUAAGUUUCUUCUGAUACACAUAGAGGUGUACGUACGUCAGAAAUCCUAAAAUACCUGCCCACCAUUUGUCCGUCUGGCAGAGAAGGAAGGAGGAAUUGAGUUACCCAUCUGUGUGGGACAUUUUGGCAGCCCGUCGCCAGCUGCAUCUGUAGCUGUGCCUUGUUGUCGGGUGGUGUGUGGAUAAUUUAAAACUUUGGUUCGCCCGACAGCGUGCGUGUUGGGCUGAUCAGCUGCGGGAAUCUCCCAUCGCAUUAACCAAUGCGUCCGUUCUGUACGCCAUGCGCUCCCUUGAGACGGCCGAAUUACAUGUGGGCGACGGAAUGCUCGAGGCAGACGGCCAGGGAAGAAGUCCCGGGGCCGAGACGGAGAAGCGGCUGCUGGCCGAUCACGACGCUGCCGACGACAACGCCAGCCGCCCCGGGGCCGUAGAUUUCGGGGCGCAGUUCGAUGAGCUGCUGGAGGGCAUUGGGAAUUUCGGCAGAUAUCAGAAGAUUCUCAUCUUCUGCGUCCUACUGCCUAUGACGCUGAAUUUCGCCUCCUCAUCUGCUUGGAUCUUCCUGAUCCAGACUCCCGAUGUUUACGGCUGCGUGUUGCCGGUGAAUAACGUCUCGGAGUCAGAUGUGAAAAGGCUGCUUCCGCCUCCGGAUAGCAAGUCUCCUUCCGACGCUCAGCGUGCGUACUGCUCCAUGUACGAUGUGAAUUAUUCAGCAUUGUUGAACGAUCAUGUUUCGGUUGAGGCGGCGGAGUACUUUUUGAACAAUGCUUCUCGGUUGGGCAAUAUUAGCACUACAGUGUGUGAGGAAUGGGAAUUCGAACGCACUUCGUACCACUCGACCAUAGUCACGGAUUGGAAUUUGGUUUGUGGAGCGGAUUUUUUAAGCACGGUGGCGUACAUGGUUGGCUGCUUAGGAAUGCUUAUUGGAAUUCCUGUAGGAGGAUACUUUUGCGACCACUAUGGGCGCAAGAAAACGUUUUUUGUUUUUCUGUUCAUACAAAUUGUUUUUGGCGGAGCAGCGGCAUUCUCUCCUAAUUAUUGGACGUUCUUGAUUCUUACGGCGAUUCAAAUGCUCGCGGUUAAUCCUUUAUAUGCAGUUCCUUUUACUUUGGGUCUGGAAAUUAUCUCACCAGACUACCGAGCGACUUUCACAGUAUUCAUCACUGUAUUCCUGGCCGUAGGCGAUAUUGGUUUCAUCGGUGUAGCUUAUUUUGUCCGCGCCUGGCGAUCUAUCGCGUUGAUAUGCACGUUUCCCUUUGUCAUCUUUGCGGCAUACUGGUGGUUCUUGCCGGAAAGUCCGCGUUUUCUCUUGACACAAAAGCGCUACGCAGAAGUGGAGAAUUUUCUUCGUCGUGCUGCGAAAUGGAAUGGGAAGGAAUAUGACGAGAAGUUACAAACUAAAUUCAUAAAACUUGUGGAGAAUUUUGAAGAAUACGAGGAAAAGAAAAGUAUGGAUGAGACAUCCUUCCCAUUUACGGAACUGUUUAGCAAACCGAAUAUUCGACGAAAAACGCUGCUCUUAAUGUAUCUGUCCGCCAAUGUGACCAUUGUGUAUUGUGGGCUGAACUACUACGCUCCUUCAUUGGGAAAAGAUCCCCAUUUAAGUUUCCUUUUAUCUAAUCUUGUUGAACUCCCAGGAUCCUUGUUAACUCAAACAGUGGCUGAUCGACUGGGUCGCCGAUUGACGACUUUUGCUUGUUUAAUUCUGGGCGGAAUUUGCUGUCUGGCAACUCUGGCAUUUCCCUCGGAAACUGAUCAUUAUAUUGCUGUGUUAAGCUUGUUUUUAAUUGCUCGGAUGUUUAACACCACGGCCUAUACUGUUCAGGAACUGAUGGUCUGUGAAUUAUUGCCUACAGUUGUACGCGGAGAAGGCGUAGGAAUUACAAAUAUGGUAUCCUCUAUUGUGUCUAACCUGGGACCAGUUAUCGCGUACUUUCAGAUUUAAAAGUUUCGCAUUGCCGCUGGCCAUUUACGGAUGUAUCACGAUAUUCGGAAGCUUUUUCGUUCUUCUGCUGCCGGAAACAGGUGGUGUUUCGUUGCCGGAAACAGUGCAAGAAACGGAGGACUUUGGCAAAGAUAUGACAUGGAAGGAUGUAUUCACUC